UCCGACACGGUAGACCUCGUAAUAUGCCAACACUUUCCCGAUUGAUCGUACGAAUGUAAAUCUAACUAGACAAAUUAUCCCGCAAUACUUUUCAAUUUUUGAGACGACAAAAUCGAUGUUUUUUCUUGAUUUCAAUCUCUGAAUCGUCACUCCCAUCGAUUUCCUGAAGUUACUGUUGUGCGUAAUGAGAUUAAAACGACAUAAAAGUCUACUGAUUUCACCAAAAAGUUUGAUUCUCUGUUGUGCAAUCUUCACCCUUUUUGGAUUGUUGGUACUAGCCUUCAUCUCCGGCGGUGAUCUCCCCGCCGGAACCCCUAUCCCGCCUCCACCGGAGCUACAUAAUACGACGGCGAAACCUGCAAGUACUUGUGCGACAGUGGAAGAAAUGGGAAACGAAGCUGUUGGUCCUUCCGGCGGUGUCGAUUCAUGGAAACAGAGUUUGAAAGUUCGCAGAUUGAUUCGAAACCAUUUCGAAUCUCAUGGCGCAUCUAGAGUUCGUCUUCUACCUCCCGACGAGUUCUGCAAGCAAGGUUUUGUAAUGGGGAAAGCUUCCGAGGCUGGAUUCGGGAACGAAAUGUAUAAGAUCUUGACGGCUGCAGCACUUAGCAUCAUGUUGAAUCGUUCACUGAUUAUCGGGCAAACGAGGGACAAGUAUCCGUUUGGAGAGUAUAUAACGUAUGCCAAUUUCUCGUUUACUUUAAAAGAAGUGAAACAUCUAUGGAGAAAAAAUGAUUGUGUUGGAAAAUAUGGACGACAUCUUGUGAUGCGGGUUGAUGAUUUUGAAAAGCCUUCAGAAACAAACGUUCUUUGUAGUAACUGGCGAAAGUGGAAGCACCCAAUCAUAUGGUUUAAAGGUACGACGGAUGCUGUGGGUGCUCAGUUUUUCCUAAAGAAUGUACAUGUUCAAAUGAGGAAAUCUGCUUCUGCAUUAUUUGGGAACACUGAGUUUCUUGCUUCUAGACCGAAUGUAAUUGGGGAGCUGCUAAGAGUACUGAUAUCACCUUCACCGGAUGUUGAAAGAGCUGUUAAUUGGGUCAUUAAUAAUGGUCCUGAUCCUGAUAUUGCUCUUCAUAUGCGCAUGCUCAUGAACAGGUCUCCUAAAGUCAUCAACGCUGCUUUAAAUUGCAUAAAAACAACCAUUUCAAGAACCCCUCACCUUUCUCAUGUCAAACCCCGUGUCGUCUUGAUCUCCGACACACCGUCACUCAUUACAGACUUCAUGCCAAAACUUCAAGGAUUCACCGAGGUUCUUCAUUUUGAAUACAAGAACUUCAAAGGGAACAUCUCCGGUGAACCUCAGGUUGUCAAGUUUCGAUCAAAAGACUGGGGACCCGCACCUCGAUGGGUUGCUUUCGUCGAUUUCUUUCUAGCUUCACGCGCCACCACUGCUGUAAUUACAGGUGCCCAAAGACGUGUAGGCACCACCUACGCCCAGCUCAUCGCAGCACUAGCUGAAGCUCAUCAACUUGAUGAUGGUGGUUGGGGGAAUUUUUCAUUUAUCAGCAGCUUUCAGAGCAAUCUAUUGCACCGGGGGUUGCAGAAUCAGGUCGGAUGGGGUCAUGUCUGGAACAGAUUCGCCGGCGGGUUGAGUUGUCAUGGACAGGGAAACCAGUGUGCGGUGACACCUGUUCUUCCGCCGGGGUGGUGGGACGGGUUGUGGCAGUCGCCGGUGGCACGAGACAUACGGAGAAUGGAAUCGUACGGGGUGAAACUCAGUGGGUUUGGAACGAUUGAUGAAAACCGUGUUAGGGUUCAUUGUAAGGCUAGAAAAGCUAUCAUAAGAACGAUUCCGAUUACUCGUGGAUGUAUUGGGUUGAAAUGUAUUUGAUGAACAUCGGAGAUCAA